AUGAAAUUUCUCUCCGAACAAGAUCUCUUCCAUUCCUCGAUUACCACCUCCUCCUCCUCCUCUGCUUCUCUCAAUUCCAUCAUCCUUGGUGAAUUGGAUCACGACUCAUCACCUCCUAUCUUUUCUUCCGAGCCAUUAAUUUCAUUUCAAUCACAACAACAAUCAUCUUUAGCAAUGACCUCUCCUCUCCGAACACAGAAACCACACCGAGAAUCUCAACAAGCAGUACAAACACUUGAUUCUCCUCUCGUCAUUCAAAAGAAUCUUUUCAAUUAUAACACUGAAAAGGAUGAAGAUGAGGUUUUUCUCUUAUCAUCCUCUUCACGUGGUAGUAAUAACAACACCAAUGACAAUACCAACAAUAAGUGUGUCUGCUCACCACCAAAACAGAACAGCAGUGAUACUCUUAAUUAUUCCAAUCAUCAUCAUCAUGUUGAUCUUCCUCCUCUUGAGGAAAUCAAUAAGGAAAAUUUGAAUCAUAAUAAUAGAUUUGACCAAACCACCACCACCACCACCAAAACAAUAACAAUAACAACAGAAGUGGUUGCUCCUCCAAAAACAAUUAGCACACCAAAAGCCAUCCGAGGAAUAUCCUCCAACAGCAAUACCACCAGCAGCACUGCUCCGUCGUGGUGUUUAUCCUCAACAAUAGAUCCAUCUUUCUCAUCACCCAUGUCCUCACCUUUGCCAUCACAACAACGAAGAGCUCGCCAAUCUUCUCUGUCCUCUUCCAUGUCCAAACUCGAUUUACGGACACCACCAUCGUCUUCCACACGACGACGAAAGGCAAUGAUGAAUUCAAGUCCUUCUUUAAGAGGUGUUUCAAGAGAUGUUGUGGAAUCGUUAUCUCCAAUCUUAAAAUCCACAGAAGUGCCACAAUCCACAUUGAAACGAAAGGAAGCAUCAUCCAACAACCACAACAGCAAUGGCACAACGAGUGGUUUUAAUUUUAAUAACAUUUUCACACCUCCUGCAACAUGGAAAAAGAAAAAAGUAGUUGGAAUUGUUGAUGAAAUGUCACAGCAAGAAGAAGAUCACCUCUUGGAAAUAUCUGUGCUCGAUUUAUUUAAAACGCCACCACCUGUGAAGAACAAAUCAAAGACGACGAUGGGUGUUCUCGACGAUGAUGAUCAUGGUGAUGAUGAUGUAUUGAAAUGUGUCAUGACAAAUUUGACACGACCUGGAGAUGAUGAUGCCCAAUCAAUUUUUGAAAAAGAAGAUGGUGAAGAUUUGGUGACACGUGUGACGUUCUUACCAACAAACAAGAUCAAGUCAUCCAUUGCCCUAGCUCAACAAGAAGAACCUUUUGAAUAG